GGGACGCGAAGGCCGUAGGGCUGGAGGGUGAGCGCCGCUGAGCGCACGCUCAGACCAAAGAGCUCGCAGGAGGUGAUGGUCCAAGACCCUGGGGGCUGAAGGCGGGACAGAGGGUGGGAAGGUGGCCUCGGACACGAGACAGAGGAAGGGGAAGUUAAGGCUCUUGAGGUGACAGCAAGGAGAGUACGCAAUGGCGAGGGUCUGCUGAGCCGGCCUUGCGCCAUCAGUGCGGACGCGGGGCGGGCGGGGGAGCGGGUAGUGUGCCGCGCUGCGGGCGCCCGCCGGACCUGGGGGAUGCCAUGUCCCGCGAGCGUCCCCUCCGCACCGACAUCCCCCGCAACCUGAGCUUCAUUGCCGCGCUGACCGAGCGCGCGUACUACCGCAGCCAACGGCCCAGCCUCGAGGAGGAGCCAGAGGAGGAGCCAGGCGAGAGCGGGACGCGGCUCGGGGCCCGGUCCCGAUCUCACGCUCCGAGUCGGGGCCGCCGAGCCCGCUCUGCGCCAGCCGGAAGCGGGGGUUUUCGGGCACCCCGCAGCCGCAGCCCUGACACCCGCAAGAGAGUGCGCUUUGCCGAUGCCCUGGGGCUGGAGCUGGCCGCAGUGCGCCGCUUCCGUCCGGGAGAGAUACCCCGGGUGCCCCGCCACGUGCAGGUCCAGCUGCAGAGGGACGCCCUCCGUCACUUUGCGCCGUGCCAACCCCGCGCCCGCGGCCUCCAGGAGGCGCGCGCGACCCUAGAGCCCGCCAGCGAGCCCGGCUUCGCCACCCGCUUGCAGGCGCAGCGUAUAUGCCUGGAACGCGCCGAGGCGGGCCCGCUGGGCGUGGCCGGGAGCGCGCGCGUGCUGGACCUAGCCUACGAGAAGCGCGUGAGCGUGCGCUGGAGCGCCGACGGAUGGCGUAGCCAGCGCGAGGCGCCCGCCGCCUACGCCGGCCCAGCCCCGCACCCGCCGCGAGCAGACCGCUUCGCCUUCCGCCUGCCGGCACCGCCCAUUGGGGGCGCCCUGCUUUUCGCCUUGCGCUACCGUGUGACGGGGCUCGAGUUCUGGGACAACAACGGCGGCCGUGACUAUGCUCUACGUGGGCCCGAGCACCCAGGCAGUGCCGGAGCCCCGGAGCCCCAGGGCUGGAUCCACUUUAUCUGAGAAGAGGCGGCCGACGGAGGAAAAAAAAGGCACCUGGAAGGAGUGGAGAAACUACUUCCUUUUCUCCAAGACCAUGGUUGAACCACCUUCCUCUCUCAGGCUUCUUGAAAGUCCUCUAGAAGGGAGAAGAGGGAAAAGCAGCAGCUGUUCCUGAUGCUACAGAUGAGCAAGGAGCUCCCAGGUAACCAGCUCCCCACACCCCCUUCUCUCUGUUACUGAUUUCUCAAAAAAUUCUAGAGCCCCUCUUGCUUAUCGCUAAGUGCGUGUGAGAGGGAAUGUUUGCGUGUGUAUGUGCAUGUGCCCACACAUGCAUUCAGAAUAGUAUGGGGCUCGUUACCAUGUCCCUCCUGUCCCAAGCCUUAAUUCUUUGAAGAAAGGUGGCCAAAAGAGAGGAAACACGGGUCAUUCUUUGAACAAAUGCCCAUUUGAACAUCAUCCUUUUCACCUUAAGAAGAAUACAGAAAGAAUUUUAUGCAUCUGGUGGAUCACCUUCGGGUCAAAGUUCCAGCAAAGUGAAGAAACUGUACUGGAAGCCUCCAAGCCACGAACUGUUUAGCCAUCAAUGAGGAGCCCACAGGAGGAUAACAGAGAGGGAGACUGGGUUGAGGCGCUGUGUAAUAAUCUCUGCCUUAUGUGUAUAUGUUACUGUUAUGUUCUAGCAACAAUAGAAAUGGCUCAUGUUUCCUUAACACUUAGCUGCUAAAAUCUAGUAGUGUUUUGCGUGCAUUAUUUAAUCUAAUCCUCAGAACAACUCUAUGAGUUGAAUAAUGUCUUUAUCCCUGUUUUAGAAAUGAGGAAACAGGUUUAGAGAAGCUCAGUAAUUUGCUCAAGGUCACACAGUAAAUGGCAGAGUUAGUAUUGUGAACCCAAGAAAUCUUGAAUCCAGAGCCUAUGUGCAUAACUAUGAUGCUAUAUUUUUUUCCUUUCAAAACAAAAAAUAAAAAAUAAAAAACUUU